AUGUUACACCACCUUGUUGGUGAGGGCCACACCUCCAUGAUGACACUCAGACCGCUAUCAGGUAGAUGUUACACCACCCUGUUGACCUUCCUGCGCGUGCGAGCCAACAGACACACCCGGCUAAACGUCGAAGAGCUCUGCUGGUGCAGGUGCUACGUCACACCUGCGCCGUUACGGCCGCACGGCGCGGGAGUCCACCUGGACUGCACACCAGCUGAAUCCAGAAACAUCAGUGCAGCACUGGAUGAAAGAUGCCAAGUACGCAUCAGCAGACUGAAGAGGAGGAAAGCGGAGGAUGGGCAGGAGGUCCAUGCAAACACGACACUGUCGGAGGACGAGUGGAGCGAGAGGAGGAAGAUACAGAUGAUGUCGCUCCUCGGAGGCUUCAAAGGCGCCAUGUUGGUGAGCAGCAGAGCCAAAGAAGGUCGGGACAGCGACGCUGAUCUGGACGUGGACGGGGACGACACCUUAGCGUACGGCCGAGCUCAAUACUGUGAGACAGACGUGAUGAUGUCUGCAGGAGACAACAUCAAAGAGACCACCGCCAACAGCUCCAUGCCGGACUCUGCAGACCACAGACCAACGUGCACACGGUCCAGCCAAGGAAGUCCUUCCACCAGCACCGAGCGACUGGACGCGCUCCCCAAGAGCUGCAACCACACCGAUACGGACAUGCUCUCAGAAGACGACACGCUGACGUCGCUGGACGCUCUGAAAGCUCGGAUACGAGACUUAGAGAAGCAGUUGUGUAAAGGAGACAGAUUUAAAUGUCUGAUCUGCAUGGACAGCUACACCACCCCACUCACCUCCAUCCAGUGCUGGCAUGUCCACUGCGAGGAGUGCUGGCUCAGAACGCUGGGCGCCAAGAAGCUGUGUCCUCAAUGCAACACCAUUACGUCACCCGGGGACUUGAGGCGGGUCUACCUGUGACGAGGGCGGGGCUUGUGAGCAGCUGGCCUGACUCCUCCCCCCCCCACUCACUUCUGACCUUGGAGCUACUUUUGAAGUCGGCGCCACCUUUUCAGAAUAAUCUCGACUCUUUGAGGGACUUUGAAAGACUUCCUGCUCCCUGAUUGGUGAAAAAAAAAAAUCGAUAUUUAUCAAUUUUAUAAACCGUUUUUGUGUUAGUUUUUUUUAAAUGUAAAUGUUUUUUUUGGUGUGUUUGGUGUUUGUUUAUCCUGACCUGCUCCUGCAUUGAUGCCAACUUCCGCUCUUCACCCCUGUUACCAAAAUAAAAGAUGUGGU